AUGUUUGCACCACCUGGGGCGCCUGAUGUGCUGACGUUAGCCACAACAGCUUACAAAGUGUAUGAUAUGUACCGUGGUGCAAAAGGUCGAUUCAAAGAGAUUUCUGAUGCUAUCCGCUUACUCGAAAUCACGAUCAAGACAUUAGGAAAGAGACUUGAAAUGCAAGAUGAGAAUUUAAAGCCCACCCUCAAAUACGACGACCUAGGGCUGGAGGAGGUGGUGCAGCUUGGAACGGAAUUGUUGGAGGAUUUACAGAAAAAGGCCCCAGCAGGUUAUGUGCCUCAUGGUGUUUCUCGAUUCAAAUGGUCUCAAAGCGAGAUUGAUUCGAUUCGAUCUAGGAUUACUACGCUCUGUUCGACAAUUGCUGCCUUCAAUAGCAGUCUCUUUCUUCAAUAUAUCAGCUCCUCUGCUCCGGCAGGUUUGACUGAGCGACGGAUUAUCCACACACUAGAUGACAUUCUAGUUAGAGACCAGGGACUCAGUAGACGUGAUUCCAUUGCCUCUACAUUAAUCGAGGAAGGAGUUAAGAAUGAAGAGAACAUACAGAAGAGUGACCUGUGGCUGGAUCUGGUUCGUGAAAUGAAAAAUCAUGGGAUCUCGGAAAAUCAGGUCACUGAGCAUCGGGAAAUGAUUCUCCAAUGGGCUGCAAGUGCAGCUGCUGCCGGAAUACUUAACGACAAAUUUGAAAAGUAUCCUGCCGUGGAUGAAAACGACCUUGAAUCUUGGGAAGUGAUAUCAGCAGUAUAUGGAUUGGCAAAUGUGACGCCUAUAAUGCAACGCAUAUUUGAUGCUCAUAAAGGACAAAAAUCCUCUACUCUUCAUUUCACGGUGACGAACGAAACGUUCGGAGGUGACUCGUUCGAAUAUCAUGUCAAAGCACUGGCGAUGGCCUGGAGAAAGACUAUACGUCGUGGGCAUAAGAUAUUAUUCUCCUCACCGCAAAAAGUAUUUGCCCAAGAGGGAGAUGAUGUCGUUGUUGACUUUAAAACUCCAGUUUCUUAUCCUGAAUACAAUGAAGGAACAGCAGCCGAAGCUACCCAAAUUAUAAUUGCAAGCUGGCAUAAUCGUGAUGUUACUGACCGAAUAUCAACGCUUGUGAAGGAUAUGCAAACCUCUAUCCUGGCAACUGACAUCGAGCUCCUCACUAGAUACCCCUUUCCUGGAUACGCGAGGGUUCUGUCAGUGACAUGGGCUUAUGGUGAUACAUUUUCUUCAUCCCAAGUCCAUGUCAAUACAGUGCGUGAAGGUCGUCAGUUGGAUAUACCGCCGUAUCUGAAUAUUGUCGGCGCGAACUGGGGUGGAUUGGAUAUUACUGCUACGUUACAAACAAGGACAUCUCGAGAACAGACUCUCGACAUUGACACUGAAAAGGUCUAUAAAAUUGCUUCUCCUGAUCCGUGGCCGAAUUAUCCUAAGACGAUUUCACUUCUCUAUCAAUACGAUCAUAGUUCAUUAGAAUUACUCGUGGUCGGAGAAGCGGCCGGAAUAGUUACAGUCAGACCUUACGCAGCCACUCAUCGGAGUUCGAGGUGGACCCUAGACUUGACCCUUGGAGAGAAUACCAAGAUAUUGGCAAUUAUAUGGGGUCUACAACCUAUCCAACAAACACCCGGCCUCCAGAGAGCACUGCAGGAAAGAAAGAUUCCGUGCAAUAACGCUUUCUUUGGAGGCGAUGGGUGGGGUGGAGUAAAUAAGACUUGCCAGGUCUUUUUACGUCACAUUAGAACAAAUGAAGUAGCCUGUUUAGUUGGACGUGAGGGCUCCAUACUUGAUUUAAAGGUUCCAUGGGCGGAGACGAUGUGA